AAAAAAAGGAAAAUAAGACUCAUGGCAUUCCGUUGCUGGUAAACGCCAAAACUUUCUGAUUACCCAACAAAAACAAGAAAACAAGAAAAAAACAAUACAAUACAAACGAAUCUAUUUUUUCGUGUUGCAUCAAUCAAUCUUCGAAUUUCCUUCUUUUCCCCCCACUGCCCCAUGUGAUAUGAAGGAAAAAAGAAAACAAUGGCAUUCUAAUUGUUGAGUGAAAUGUGAUUUUCUUGAUCCAUGUUUUGGCUGAAAGAAUCCUGAGAUGAUGACCAACAAAGCCACCACUGAAAUUUCAAAUCCAUCUCAGCUAGGAGAUGGAGCCACAACUGCCCCACCAUCCCUAUCUUCAAUUGGAGGAGGAGGAGGAGGAGGGGGAGGAGGAGGAGGAAAAAAUGACAGUCAGACUCCUCGCAGUGCCAAUCCGAUCCUUAAGAGUGGGCCUCUUUUCAUUUCAUCGAAAGGAAUUGGAUGGACAUCUUGGAAAAAAAGGUGGUUUAUUUUGACAAAAACUUCACUAGUUUUCUUCAGGAGUGAUCCGAGUAUUGUUGCUCAAAAAGGAAGUGAAGUGAACUUAACCCUUGGUGGUAUUGACCUCAACAAUUCAGGCAGCGUGGUUGUCAAAGCGGACAAGAAGCUCCUGACUGUUCUCUUUCCAGAUGGCCGUGAUGGUCGAGCAUUCACUCUCAAGGCUGAGACGUCAGAAGAUUUAUAUGAAUGGAAAACUGCACUUGAGAGUGCUCUAUCACAAGCACCCUGUUCUACCACUAUGAUGCCACAAAAUGGUGUCAUCAGGAAUGAUCAACCUGAAGCACCAGAUACAAAAGUUGAAAAGUCUGUAGUUGGUGAAAAGCCACCUCCAGCGUCUUUGGUUCUUGGAAGACCAAUUUUACUUGCUUUAGAAGAUGUUGAUGGAUCUCCAUCCUUUUUAGAGAAGGCUCUAAAAUUUAUAGAAGAUCAUGGGGUUAAGGUGGAAGGAAUAUUGCGACAAGCUGCAGAUGUUGAUGAUGUUGAGCAUCGUAUUCGGGAGUAUGAACAAGGGAAGACAGAGUUCUCUCCUGGGGAGGAUGCUCAUGUAAUCGGUGAUUGUAUUAAGUACUUUCUACGAGAAUUGCCAUCUUCUCCAGUACCUACAUCUUGUUGUCAUGCUUUAUUAGAUGCAAGUAAUAAAGGCAAUAGAAUUUCUUCCAUGCGAACUGCAAUAAUGGAAACAUUUCCUGAGCCAAACCGUAGAUUAUUGCAAAGAAUUCUUUUGAUGAUGCAACAAGUGGCUGCUCAUAAAGAGAAAAACAGAAUGAGUAAUUCAGCUGUGGCUGCUUGCAUGGCACCACUACUACUACGUCCUCUUUUGUCAGGUGACUGUGAGAUAGAAAGUGACUUUGAUGUCGGCGGAGAUGGUUCCAUGCAACUUCUCCAAGCAGCAGCAGCGGCUAAUCAUGCUCAAGCUAUUGUUAUAACCCUGCUAGAAGAAUAUGAUACUAUAUUCAGUGAUGGUGCUAUGUCGCCUGGACUAUACUCUGAUUCAGAGGAAGACGAGAGUGAGGAUGAGGAAGUAACUGAAGAUGAUGAGUCUUAUGAAGAUGAAGAUGAGUAUGAAGAAGAAGAGAUUGAUGAAGUAUCACUAGGGUCCGAGGAAUAUUCAGAUGAAGAUAUUGAAAAUGAAUCAAAUGGAAGUUGUAGUGGGAGCCAUGUCUCUAGUGAAGAUGAUCCAACAGAUAUCAAGGGUUCUAGUGAUCUUAACAUUCAUUCAAGGCCCUAUGAGGUUGAUGAUAACCUUAAGAAUGUAUUGCCGAGUUCCGAUCAAAAUCUAUUGCCACAAAAUCACAAAGCCACACAAGAGCAGAGUCUUAGCAAAAGUAAAAGGGAUUUUUCACAUUCUGCGGAACUUGCAAGAGUUGAAUCUAAUAUUUCAACCCGUCACAUGAGGAAGUCUUCAAGUAUAGCUGGUAGGCGUGAACGGCGAAUGGGUUGGGGACGUACCUCGGCCAAAAAGAACCUUUCAAUGGAGUCUAUUGAUUUUACACUAGAAGAUGAAGAAGCCGAGAUCCAAAAAUUGGAAGCAAGCAAAAUCACAUUACGGAACAAAGUAGCUGAAGAGGCUGAAGGGAAUGCAACUUUAGAAGCCAACUUGCAAGAAAGAAAGAAGAUCCUACGUGAGCGUCGUAGAGCUCUAAAGCAAGAUGUCUCAAGACUACGGGAACAACUCCAAAUGGAGAGAGAGAAAAGGAGAGUUCUCGAGUCGGGUCUAAAUCCAGCAGAUGAACUUUCUAAUAUUCCAGACACAAUUGAUGAAAAGACAAAAGCGGACUUGGAGGAAAUAAGUCAAGCGAAUGCUGAAAUCAAUGAUUUGCAGAAGGAGGUAGAUAACUUGAGCGUCCAACUCAUUCGACAACAUGAACAGAAUUGUGGUGGGCCCACCAUUCGUGUUUUUGGUGAUCAAUCUGCACAAAAUGCUCAUCAAGGGAAAUUUCUAUUUGGUGAAAGGACAGAAUGAAGGAUGGUGAUUCUUCCAACGCACUAACUUAUGCUACUAAGAAAUCCUCAAGUAAGGACGGCAAAAUGAAUAGGACUAAAAGUGCAAAGGACAAGAAACCAGAAUCCAAUCCAAACAAGGUGAUGGACCUAGGAAAAAGUGGCAAUGACACUAGGUCAACUAGUUUCAAAAAGGCAGGCAAUACUAAAACUGAGGAACUAAAAUCUUCAACCGCACUAACGAAGUUGACAAACCGACUCAAAUUUCUGAAGGAGCGACGGAGCCAAGAUGUUGCUGCUAGCAAUGAGCUUCACCAUGCCUCGGAAAAGGGGGCAACAACAACCACAACUACUACAUAAGAGUAAUAGGGGAACAUUAACACACCAAGGUCCCCUAAAUCAUCAAGAUGGGUUAGAAAAACAAGAAGGUCAGUUUCAUGAAAGAUGUAGAAGCGCCAUCUAGAUCACCAACAGAUAGUAGUCAAGAAUCCCUCCAUGUCCAUGUUGGAUUCAAAGGGUCAACAACAACACCAAGGUUUGGAUAAUGGGAAAACAAAAAGCCACAAGUCUCACCACACCACCACCUCCUAGAUAAAAGCUGGCCAAGAAGCAGUAGCAACUUCGAUAAUACCGAGGACUCUUUAAUCUUAUGGCUUCUCAUAAAAGAUAUCUAUAUGUUCUAAAAGUUUUGACGCAACCGCAUGAUGUACAUAAUAUAUAUACACAUAUGCUUGAUGUGAAUUUUUUUGUUGGGUUUAUAUGAGCAAGGUGUAAGAACGAAAGCUCGAUAUUCAUAUUUCGACCACUUAAUUAAUUAGCGAC